CAGAACUCCUAAAACGCCCAGGCGGCUGGGCUCUCCCCUCCUCCCCUCUCUUCGUACAGCCUUUCUCGCAUGCACACUCCUCAGAGGCAGGAAAUACUUUCCAGGCAAUCUGGGCCUGGUUGUGGAGGCCCCUUUUGCAAAACCUCAGUCUGAAUUUAGUAGACAGAAGUCACCAGGAAUGCCUUGACAGAAUCCUGCCUUAGCUAAGGCUCCCUCCAGCUGCAGAGGGUGUUUUUGUUAGAAUCACACACUGCGUGAAACUGCUCAGAAUAGAGCCAUGAUCUCAACCACGAAAUGGGAACUUAGAUUUUGGAGAAACCAACGGGGACGGACUUCUUUCCUAGCCUGAGUGUUGAGCAGUGUCAUGCCUUGGCGUUUCAGCUCCUCGUUGUCUAGGUGGCGAAAUGACAGAACCCAUUCCCUUCUUUGAUUGGUGAUUUUGAAAUAAUCUUUCAUCAAGUUCCAUCUCCUUUACCCUCAUAUGGAAUAUAUCUCUAUGUCUGUUGUUAAACUACGAUGACAUGUCUGUAGCUAUCAGAAAGAGAAGCUGGGAAGAACAUGUGACCCACUGGAUGGGACAGCCUUUUAAUUCUGAUGAUUAUAAUACAGCAUGUCAUCAUGGACUUGUAGCUGACAGCUUGCAGGCAAGUAUGGAAAAAGAUGCAACUCUAAAUGUGGACCGCAAAGAAAAGUGUGUUUCACUACCUGACUGCUGUCAUGGAUCAGAGCUGAGAGAUUUUCCUGGGAGGCCAAUGGGUCACCUGUCAAAGGAUGUGGAUGAAAAUGACAGCCAUGAAGGUGAAGAUCAGUUUCUUUCCCUGGAAGCCAGCACAGAAACACUAGUGCAUGUUUCUGAUGAGGAUACCAAUUCUGAUUUAUGCCUUACAGAUGAGAAACAGGUUUUGAAUACCCACGGGCAUAAAACAUCAGGGCAACAUAUGAUCGAAGGAGCAGGCUCCUUAGAAAAGGCACUGCCCAUCAUAGAAAGUAACCAAGUUUCUUUUAACUCCUGGGGAAUGGCUGGUAAAACUGAAUUAGCACUGGUAAAAGAAAGUGGGGAGAGAAAAGUUACUGACUCUAUAAAUAAAAGCCUGGAGCUUUGCAAUGAAAUAGGUGUAAGUGAAAUAAAAGAUGCACCCACAGUAAAUGUAGUUGAUACUUUGACUGUGAAAGAUAUUGCACCUGAGAAACAAUUGCCUAAUUCUGCUGUAAUUGCUCAGCAACGAAGGAAACCUGACUUCCCUAAAGAUGAAAAUGAAAGAAGCACCUGCAAUGUAGUACAAGAUGAGUUCUUGGAUAUUCCUUGUACAAACAGAGGACUGCCAUUAUUAAAAACAGAUUUUGGAAGCUGCCUUCUGCAGCCUCCUUCCUGUCUCAAUGGAAUGUCAGCUGAAAAUGGCCAGGAGAAGAGUGGUUUUUCACAACAUCAAAACAGAAGUCCACCAAAGGUCAAGGCAGAAGAUGGCAUGAAGUGUUUACACUUAAAGGAGACCCUGGCCACCCAGGAACCCACAGAUAACCAAGUCAGACUUCGUAAGAGAAAGGAAAUAAGAGAAGAUCGAGAUAGGGCACGGCUGGACUCCAUGGUGCUGCUGAUUAUGAAACUGGACCAGCUUGAUCAGGACAUAGAGAAUGCCCUCAGCACCAGCUCCUCUCCGUCGGGCACACCAAUGAACCUGCGGCGGCACGUUCCUGAUCUGGAAUCAGGAUCUGAAAGUGGAGCAGAUACCAUUUCAGUAAAUCAGACACAAGUAAAUUUGCCUUCUAACACUGAGUCCACAGACCUCCCAUCUUCCACCCCAGUGGCCAAUUCUGGAACCAAACCCAAGACUACGGCUAUUCCAGGUAUUUCAGAGAAGGAAAAGGCUGAAAUUGAAGCCAAGGAAGCUUGUGACUGGCUACGGGCAACUGGUUUCCCCCAGUAUGCACAGCUUUAUGAAGAUUUCCUGUUCCCCAUCGAUAUUUCCCUGGUCAAGAGGGAGCAUGAUUUUUUGGACAGAGAUGCCAUUGAGGCUCUAUGCAGGCGUCUAAAUACUUUAAACAAAUGUGCGGUGAUGAAGCUAGAAAUUAGUCCUCAUCGGAAACGAAGUGACGAUUCAGACGAGGAUGAGCCUUGUGCCAUCAGUGGCAAAUGGACUUUCCAAAGGGACAGCAAGAGAUGGUCCCGGCUUGAAGAGUUUGAUGUCUUUUCUCCAAAACAAGACCCAGUCCCUGGGUCCCCAGACGACUCCCACCCGCAGGACGGCGCCAGCCCCGGAGGCACGCUGAUGGACCGCGGCGAGCGCCAGGAGGUGUCUUCCGUCCGCAGCCUCAGCAGCACUGGCAGCCUCCCCAGCCAUGCGCCCCCCAGCGAGGAUGCUGCCACCCCCCGGACUAACUCCGUCAUCAGCGUUUGCUCCUCCAGCAACUUGGCAGGCAAUGACGACUCUUUCGGCAGCCUGCCGUCUCCCAAGGAACUGUCCAGCUUCAGCUUCAGCAUGAAAGGCCACGAAAAAACUGCCAAGUCCAAGACGCGCAGUCUGCUGAAACGGAUGGAGAGCCUGAAGCUCAAGGGCUCCCACCACAGCAAGCACAAAGCGCCUUCAAAGCUCGGGUUGAUCAUCAGCGGGCCCAUCCUGCAAGAGGGGGUGGAUGAGGAGAAGCUGAAGCAGCUCAACUGCGUGGAGAUCUCCGCCCUCAACGGCAACCGCAUCAACGUCCCCAUGGUACGAAAGAGGAGCGUUUCCAACUCCACGCAGACCAGCAGCAGCAGCAGCCAGUCGGAGACCAGCAGCGCGGUCAGCACGCCCAGCCCUGUUACCAGGACCCGGAGCCUCAGUGCCUGCAAUAAGCGGGUGGGCAUGUACCUAGAGGGCUUCGAUCCUUUCAAUCAGUCAACAUUUAACAACGUGAUGGAACAGAACUUUAAGAACCGCGAGAGCUACCCAGAGGACACGGUGUUCUACAUCCCUGAAGACCACAAGCCUGGCACUUUCCCCAAAGCUCUCACCAAUGGCAGUUUCUCCCCCUCGGGGAAUAACAGCUCUGUGAACUGGAGGACAGGAAGCUUCCACGGCCCUGGCCACAUCAGCCUUAGGAGGGAAAACAGCAGCGACAACCCCAAGGAACUGAAGAGGCGCAAUUCUUCCAGCUCCAUGAGCAGCCGCCUGAGCAUCUAUGACAACGUGCCGGGCUCCAUCCUCUACUCCAGUUCAGGGGACCUGGCAGAUCUGGAGAACGAGGACAUCUUCCCCGAGCUGGACGACAUCCUCUACCACGUGAAGGGGAUGCAGCGGAUAGUCAAUCAGUGGUCGGAGAAGUUUUCUGAUGAGGGAGACUCGGACUCAGCCCUGGACUCGGUCUCUCCCUGCCCAUCCUCUCCAAAACAGAUACACCUGGAUGUGGACAACGACCGAACCACACCCAGCGACCUGGACAGCACAGGCAACUCCCUGAAUGAACCGGAAGAGCCCUCUGACAUCCCGGAAAGGAGGGAUUCUGGGGUUGGGGCUUCCCUAACCAGGUCCAACAGGCACAGACAGAGAUGGCACAGUUUCCAGAGCUCACAUCGGCCAAGCCUCAACUCUGUAUCAGUACAGAUUAACUACCAAUCUGUGGCCCAGAUGAACCUGCUGCAGAAAUACUCACUCCUAAAGCUAACAGCCCUGCUGGAGAAAUACACACCUUCUAACAAACAUGGUUUUAGCUGGGCCGUGCCCAAGUUCAUGAAGAGGAUCAAGGUUCCAGACUACAAGGACCGGAGUGUGUUCGGGGUCCCACUGACAGUCAACGUGCAGCGCACAGGACAGCCGUUGCCUCAGAGCAUCCAGCAGGCCAUGCGAUACCUCCGGAACCAUUGUUUGGAUCAGGUUGGGCUCUUCAGAAAAUCGGGCGUCAAGUCCCGGAUUCAGGCUCUGCGCCAGAUGAAUGAAGGUGCCAUAGACUGUGUCAACUACGAAGGACAGUCUGCUUAUGACGUGGCAGACAUGCUGAAGCAGUAUUUUCGAGAUCUUCCUGAGCCACUAAUGACGAACAAACUCUCGGAAACCUUUCUACAGAUCUACCAAUAUGUGCCCAAGGACCAGCGCCUGCAGGCCAUCAAGGCUGCCAUCAUGCUGCUGCCUGAUGAGAACCGGGAGGUUCUGCAGACCCUGCUUUAUUUCUUGAGCGAUGUCACAGCAGCCGUAAAAGAAAACCAGAUGACCCCAACCAACCUGGCCGUGUGCUUAGCGCCUUCCCUCUUCCAUCUCAACACCCUGAAGAGAGAGAAUUCCUCUCCCAGGGUAAUGCAAAGAAAACAAAGUUUGGGCAAACCAGAUCAGAAAGAUUUGAAUGAAAACCUAGCUGCCACUCAAGGGCUGGCCCAUAUGAUCGCCGAGUGCAAGAAGCUUUUCCAGGUUCCCGAGGAAAUGAGCCGAUGUCGUAAUUCCUAUACUGAACAAGAGCUGAAGCCCCUCACUCUGGAGGCGCUCGGGCACCUGGGAAAUGAUGACUCAGCUGACUACCAACACUUCCUCCAGGACUGUGUGGAUGGCCUGUUUAAAGAAGUCAAAGAGAAGUUUAAAGGCUGGGUCAGCUACUCCACUUCGGAGCAGGCUGAGCUGUCCUAUAAGAAGGUGAGCGAAGGACCCCCUCUGAGGCUUUGGAGGUCAACCAUUGAAGUCCCUGCUGUGCCAGAGGAAAUCUUAAAGCGCCUACUUAAAGAACAGCACCUCUGGGAUGUAGACCUGUUGGAUUCAAAAGUGAUUGAAAUUCUGGACAGCCAAACUGAAAUUUACCAGUAUGUCCAAAACAGUAUGGCACCUCAUCCUGCUCGAGACUACGUUGUUUUAAGAACCUGGAGGACUAAUUUACCCAAAGGAGCCUGUGCCCUUUUACUGACCUCCGUGGAUCACGAUCGGGCUCCUGUGGUGGGUGUGAGGGUUAAUGUACUCUUGUCCAGGUAUUUGAUUGAACCCUGUGGGCCAGGAAAAUCCAAACUCACCUACAUGUGCAGAGCUGACUUAAGGGGCCACAUGCCAGAGUGGUACACAAAAUCUUUUGGACAUUUGUGUGCAGCUGAAGUUGUAAAGAUCCGGGAUUCCUUCAGUAACCAGAACACUGAAACCAAAGACACCAAAUCUAGGUGAUCACUGAAGCAAAGCAACCGCUUCCACCACCAGGGUGUUUGUUUCUAGAACCUUUGCCAGUCCUUGAAGAAUGGGUUCUGUGUCUAAUCCUGAAACAAAGAAAACUACGUGCUGGAGUGUAGGAAUUGACUAUAGCAAUUUGAUACAUUUUUAAAGCUGCUUCCUGUUUGUUGAGGGUCUGUAUUCAUAGACCUUGACUGGAAUAUGUAAGACUGUGCAAAAAAAAAUGUAUUUGUAUUCUUAUUCAAAUUGCUUCUGAGAAGCAAAACUCUUUAAAUACAUUAUGGAAGAUAAUGAAGAUACUUCAUUCUCUCGUGAUAUCGGUGUAUGCGUACCUGUGUCGCUUUAUUGGCAGUGUGUUGAGGGACUGGUGUAUCCACUGGAAUAGCUGGUACUCUUUGACGUGUUUUCUCACCAAGAUGAGCAAAGAAAGGUUUGCACAGAGGAGCGUGAAUGUGUGUUUGUUGCUGGUUGAAUGGCAAUAGAUGUCUAAGAUGGAUUCAGUGUCUGGCACACUGAGACACCUCCAAGAAGGAGAUCGAUGCGUCAGGUUCAGUUUAACCUGGAAUAUCUGACUACCCAUGAAUCCACCCAGAAAGGGGGCCCAACACCCUUGUCUGUUUAUGCUUUGUUGUUUUUUUUCCAAGUUACUAAGCAUAUUCCUUCUCCACCAACCUCUUUUGUACUUUGAUUGUAAUAGAUUGGCUCUGACACCCAUUUCAAAUGCAGUUUCUUUUUAGACCUGAUUGCAAAUAGUGAUGUAGUUUUAACCAGUAUGGAUUAGUUCAGGGAUGAACUGCUCCCUCCGACCUUACUGGCUCUGAUCCACAGGGUUUUGUUUUGUUUAAGUUGAGAUGUAAAAACUGAACGUGAUAACACUUACUCUUAAAUCAAGCAUCAAAACGUUUUCCCUGUUAGAAUUCUUUGCAUUUUUGUGUUUGUAACAGAAACGCUUUAAGACACUAUGUUUGGGAAUGUAGGAAACCGUGUGGCCCAAGGAAAUCCCUGUAAAUUUAACCUGCCUAUGAAAGGCUUUUUCCCCCGCCUUUGGUUGUCAACGGCAUUCCCGAAAGCCACAUGUGUUUAUUAAUUGGGUUUGUUCUUAUCAAUAGGUUUUCUGGUUUUAUGACUUUUGGUCUUAUUUUAUUUUUCCUACAUUUCUUUCUUUUUUUUCCUUUAGAAUGCCCUUGAAAUAUAUUUAAGUGGUAAUGAAAAAUAGGAAUCAUAGUAAAAAACAACAAGAAAACCAACUCAAAGCAGUGAAGUUUUUUAGAAGGGUGGUCUUUAUUCAGGUUUUACUGUAAUGGUAAGGAUUGACUCAGAGACAGUAUUAGUAAAUUUAUUUUGUAUGGAUCAAAAGUGAAUAAUGUAUGAAUGAGAGUUGUAAGAAGGAUUUGUAUUUUGUUAUAACGUAGUUACCAUUUUCAGUGUUAUUUCAAAGGUUCUUUGAAGAAUUUCGGGGCGGGGGUCAGAUUAGAGUUUUAAAAUUUGAGUAUUUUGGAUAUCAGUGUUCCUCAUGAAGAUAUACUUGGAUAUUCAAUUUUGAUGGCUUCCAGAUUUGUAAGAUUGUAUGUUGUAUAUACCAUUCUAUUAAGAAACAUGUCCACUGUGCUUUCAAACAUAGAUAAAGCAUGAUAAAGAUUAUUAUUUAAGAUAUACUUGUAUUUAUACCUCAGAUAUUCUUUUGGGUUUUGUACCUCAAGGCUUUUUUCUCCUUAUUGUAAAUACACUUUACGUGAAUACAGUCUAAGUGAAGAAAAUAAAUAAAAGGAAGAGGUUUAUAACUUGCUCUAUAUCUGUACAGAAUAUAAUCAAUAAGUGCACUAUUAAAUGUUUAAAGUAAGGGAAAAGUCUGGGCUGCCUUCCUUAAAAUUGCAUCUCACUCCCACCCUUAAAACCACACAUUGCAAAGCAUAGCAUUUUAGCAUCAGCUACAAUCAAAAGAGCGAUUUGCUGAAGGAAAAAUCGGACUGCAAAUCAUUCCAAGGCCAAACUGCAACUGAGCCACCCACUCCCAACAGGAAACCCUGGUGAAGGUUCAGGAAGCACGGAGAUUCUCUCCAAACAAAGGUCCAGUUAGGAAACGACGCUGAGAGGAUGACAAGAACGUGCAACAGCAGAAAGAUGCUCGCAAGCAGAGUCAGGCUCGCCGACGAAUGCCACAAAAGGUCUCUUUCCCACUAUUUAAUUUGACAAGAGAAAAAUUGGAAGGAUAUGAACAUUUUCGAGAACUCUGCUGAGGUCAAUUAGAGCACCAUCACAACUUAUUUGUGUGACUAAUUGUCUAGAUUGUAAGCUCUUUGAGGGCAGGGCUCGUCUCCUACACAUCUUUAUAAUCCCCUGCAGCAGCUUUCAGUAUUUUGUACUUGUAGGCACCUAAUAAAUUUAUUAUUUGCUAAACUGAA